AUGAGUGAAUAAAUUUUAGAGUAAGUAUUAGAACAGAGAUUAGGAUUUGGAAAGCAUUAUUGGAGAUAAUUCUUCAUAAUAAGUUUCAUUGACUUCCUGGAUGGUGCUGAGUUUCUUUAUUUAGCAUUACUAAUUCCUGCAAUAAAAUAGGAAUGGAAUUUAUCAAUAAUUGAACUUUCAAUAUUUGGAUCAUCUUUUACCUUAGGGUUAACGAUAGGUUCGAUAAUUUGUGGUUUCUUAGCAGAUAGAAUGGGAAGGAAGACUAUAUUAAUAAUAGGAACAGUUUUUCAAGUAUUUUAAUUAUGUUAUAAAGACUGCAGUCGUUUUUCUUACAGUAUUUACCAAUAACAUAAUUGAAAUGAUCCUGCUUAGACUAAUAUAUGGGACUGUAAUAGGCAUGAAUCUUCCGAUUAGUUCAAUAUUGAUGAUUGAAGUUACUCCAAAGCUUCAUAGAGGAAAAAUUAUAGUGGCACUCUAAGUACUUAUAUUGUUGGGACGAUGUUGGAUAAUGAUAUUAGGCUAUAUUUUUAUGGAAAGUAUUUCCAAGGGUAAUUGGAGAGCCAUCUCUUUAUGUAAUAGCAUUCCGUGUUUGCUUUGUAUAAUUGGAACAAUUUUCUGGAUUCAAGAAUCCCCAAGAUUUUUGA